AUGGAGAGCGAGUCCCAUAGCAGCCUUUCCGCUGGCCAGACGCCCUCUUCUUCGAUGCCCGCUCCGAAAAUAGAACCUCCUGCCGCUUCCGGCUCGUCGGGACCUGCUCCUGGACCCUCAAACUCCCAGCUAUCGAAGCGGAGAAGGGGCAUCGGCGUCGUGACCCCUAAUGCGUGUACCGAAUGCCGAAAGAAGCGCGCUAAGUGCGACGGGCAGAAGCCGUGUGGCCGGUGCAAGGCGCAAAAGGACGUCGAGUGUAUAUACGAGAUCCCGGUGCGCCAAUCCAAGGAACACCUGCGCCACGAGAUCGAGGCUCUGCGGCGUCAGCAGCGGCAAAGCGAUUCGGUUUUUUCCGCCCUCGUCCGGCCCGAUCUCGUCGAGGAGGUUCUGCAGAGAUUGCGACAAGGGCAGUCUGUCGAAGGCAUUUCCGAAUGGCUGGGUCGCAGUACCACCUUCCGUACAGCCGGCGGCGCGCUGGCUGGCUUUGCGCGCGCCGGCGAACGGGGCGGCGCCACGCUACCGACGCUUUCGACCUACGGAGGAGGAGCCAUCCCCGGCGCGGGCGCCUACGGAGGGAUCGGGAUGAGCCCCGUUACGGCCCAGGCUCCCGGUAUGCCCCAGGAAUUCGACUCGAAUAGCCCUUGGAACUUCUCAUCCCACAGCCAGACCGUGUCGACGCGAAGCGACUCCCAUCCCGACCUCAUGCAGUGGACGCCGUCCGAAGGGCCCCCGAACUCGCGGGUCGGCGUGUGGCUUCAAGAUCAGUCCGCCGCGGCGGUGACGACGGACGGGCCUCGCUAUCGGGGGGUCGAUCAAGUAUUGGCGCCGUUGGAUUCCCCGGACAUGAAGGUACCGCCGGGAACAUGGACCAUAGUCACCGCCGACGCGGCCUUGGUCCAGCACCUCCUCGCCCUCUACUUCUGUUGGGAGUAUCCCACGUUCGCCUCUCUCAGCAAGGAACAUUUCAUGAAGGAUUUCCUCAACGGCCGCAGUCGGUACUGCUCUCCGAUCCUAGUCAAUGCGUUGCUGGCGCUGGGCUGCCGGUUCUCGACGCAACCCAACACGAGGGCGAACUCGAACGAUCCGCGCACCGCCGGCGACCACUUCUUCCAAGAAGCCUUGGCGCUCUUCUACGGGGAGACCAACCACCACAACUUAACCACGAUCCAAGCUUUGGGGAUCAUGUCCAUUCGAGAGGCGAGUUGCGGAAGAGACUCGGAGUCUUGGUUCUACGCCGGCCAGAGCAUACGCUUGGCUUUCGAGAUGGGGCUGCACCGCCUCCAGCCCGACGGCGACGACGAGGAUGAGAUAGCGGUGCAAGCCGCAACUUUCUGGGGCGCCUUCGCCUUAGACCAUGCAUGGUCUCUGGCGACCGGCUCCCUGCCACAGUGUUCCUGCUUUCCGCACUUGCCGCCCAAACCCGAGAUCAUCGACGAUAUAGAGGCAUCUUUGUGGAUCCCGUACACCGACGAUGGCACUCCUCUUCAGCGAUCCUGCGAGCAACCGUCCAACGUUCGGUCUGUUUACAAGUGCUUCUGCGAACUCAGCGAGCUUGUCCAUCAGUCGCUAUACAUUCUCCACUCCCCUGGGAAGCCGGUGACAAGCCGUGACCUUCUCGGCAUAUACACCCAAUAUCUCAAUUGGUACGACAGGAUUCCGGAGGUACUACGACUAGGGCAUAACUUCACGCCCGCUGUCCUUUUCGCGCACAUGUACUACCAUUUUGCCAUUCUGCUCUUAUUUCGGCCCUUGAUAAAAUUGCGGAUCAUCGGUUCGGGGAUUCUCCCUCGAGACGUCUGCGCCCAGGCCGCGGACGCUAUCCAGGGCCUUCUCCGGUCAUACUCACAGCUGUACACCCUCCGCCGCACGCCGUCCUUCGUGCCGUACUUCGUGCUGACCUCCUCCAUCAUGCACCUCGCCAUCGGCGCAGAAGCUUCGAGGGGGCACUCGACCUCGCCCGCCGCGGCCUCGAAUCCAUCGACGGUCAAACUCGACGAUCACCAUACGGAGCAGGACAACCCGCUCUCGUCGUCCAUAAAUAGGAAUGAACCCGAGCCGACGUCGCCGUCGAGUGCAACUACGGCGAAGCUGAGCCCGAAGGUGGCCGAAGCCCUCAGCCAGGGCAUCGCCCACUUGACGGAGAUGGAACCUUGUCAUCACUUCGCCCAUCAAGCGCUCAACAUCCUACAGUACCUGGCGAAGAAAUGGAAUAUUGACGUAGACAUCCCGCGAGACCCCAGCGUCCCAGAGGAGAUAGACAAGUCCACCAGGCCAGCGACUAGCAGUCUUAACUUCUUCGCGCCGAAUGUGGACGAGGAGGAUUUCCUGUGCGCUUGGAACACGCGCAGCGUAGGCGGGCCCGAGGGUCCUCAGAAGCCGUACGAUUCGCCGACUAGGCCUGCCCGUGCUAGCGGAGGGGAGAAGACGGAAGAGCUUAUCGGAGAGAUGCACAAGAAGCAUGGGGGAGAUCGAGACCCAGUACCGAGACCGCCACGCGGACGCGCUAAGGGUCCGUCGGUGCGUGCCGCCAAAAACCUCGAGAACCCCCUAUUCUGGCCGUUUCCUAUGCAGGGCCGUCCGAUGCUGCCGGAGGGUCAAAAGCUCGAGGAGGCAGGGUUCGCGCCUCUAUAA